GGGCUAUAGGGGCAUAUAUGAUAUAUAUAUUAGUCAAAAGAGGAUCGGAUCGGAGCUUCUAUAGGUAGCUUAGCUUAGCUAGUAGGCAUGAAGAAUCAUCAGGAGCCACGCUCAAGCUCUUCCUGCGCCGCCUGCAAGUUCUUGAAGCGCCGCUGCGUCCCCAACUGCCAGUUCGCCCCCUACUUCCGCUCCGACGACCCCAAGAAAUUCGCCAAAGUUCACAAGGUGUUCGGCGCCAGCAAUGUGAGCAAGAUCCUGAACGAGGUCCCGGAGGAGCAGCGCGAGGACACCGUCAACUCCCUCGUUUACGAGGCCGAGGUCCGCCUCAGGGACCCCGUCUACGGCUGCAUUGGCGCCAUCGCCUCCCUCCAGCGCCGCAUGGCCGAGCUCCAGAAUGAUCUCCUCCUCGCCAGAGCCCGCCUCGCUUUCUACGCCACCGCCAAUCCCCCCACCGCCGCUUCCUCCUCUUCCUCCUCCUUUAAUUAUGAUCAUCUCAACGCCAAUCUGCCCUCUUCUUACCUGGAUUUUCCGCCCUCCGGUGGCUUCUCCGGCACCUAUGAUCAUCACCAGAAUUCUCUGAUUCUUGAUCACACUGGAUCACUCAAUCCAUUUGGCCAAUUCCCAUUCCCUUAAUCAAUUAAUAUCAUCUUUAUCCCUCCAUGUAGUAAUAUUUUGUCCGCUCAGUUAGUUUUUGAGUGACAAACUGUGGGCAGGUAAUAAUCUGGAGGGCCAUGGCCAGAAUGGCAUUGGGACUUCAUGCUACUUAGUUUAAUGUAAUUAAUUAUUUAUUAUUUAUAUGGAACAGAGAUUGUGGUGAAAACAUUAGCCACAAAUCCUUUUAAGUAU